AGCGUCGAUUCAUUUUGUUGGCUCCAGAGUGAGAGAAAUGGACCAGAACUGAUGUUCGUGUCCAUAAUUCUGCCUCUUGUUCUUCAUCCUUCGGCAGGGGCCUGUCUUAUCUCCAUUCAAGGAUCUUUCUGGUUGAAUUUGUCAGAGCUGGGCAUAGUUUGGGGCUUGACUGUUUUGGUUGGUCUGCUUUCGACUGAAAGGUGGUCAUAACUAGUUAAUAGGUUAAGAAUGACGAACCACAGAUGAGAGCGUGCACGUAGGCGUAUGCAUGAAAGUGUCAUCUGUGGCUGCAGUUCAUGCAGAGAGGGCUGGAUGCAGAGACGAAGAAGCAGCUGGAGGAAGACGAGAGGAGGAUCAUCAGCGACGAGCAUUGGUAUCUGGACCUGCCCGAGCUCUGCACCAAAGAGACUGUGCUGGUGGAGGAGGAGAGCUUCACUCCCUGUGAGGACUUGCAGUUUGGCCGGAUCUCCUUCAGAGGCUUUAACCCAGAGGUUGAGAAACUGAUGACCUUGUUGAAUCCAAAAGAUGAAGAUGAAGAGGAGAAGGAUGUGAGCUGCAUGCAGACAGACAUCACAGAUGAGGAGAUGGCUCUGAGAUACGAGACUUUGGUGGGAAGCAUGAAGAAGAAAUAUGCAAAGAAGCGGGAGAGAGCAGCCAUGGACCAGAACGACAACCACCAUGAGAUGGACUCUGAGAAAAAGAGGACUUUUCUGAGGCCUCAGGACUGAACAGGUCCUGCUUUUAGUUCAUCUCCAGGAAAAGGUUUGAGGGAUUCCCGUCUACAGCUGGAUGGUUCUGUGUGCACACAAACGUGCACCUGAAGAUGUUCUUUUGUCAUGCUCCUGGGUCAGUCCGGAGGUUCUGAGCAUGCUCAGUGUAGCUCUGGGGUGUCAGGUGAUCUACACUUUGGAAUGAACUACCUCGGGUUGUCCUGCUCUCCUCAGGAAGCCCAUUUUCAUUGGUUCAGCAGCAUGUUCUAAUGCUGCAGCGCCUCCUGUUGGCUGGACUUUUUUUUUUAAAUAAAACUUGUCAGAACAGA